AUUCUGAUUCGCUGGCUUGGGUGCUGGGGGUGGAGUGUCAUAUCUGCGAGUGAAAUCGGAGCUCUCAAAGGAGCGAGAGAACCAUUUCUUGACUGCUCUAGCGACUCUAGGCGGGCCGAGGCGACAAUUUAAAGCUUUAGAAGUAAACAGACCUGGUUCCCUCUUGCAGAGGGGAGGCCCCGGGAGGACGGCUGGGGAAGGAAGAUGCCGAGUACGGACCUUCUGAUGUUGAAGGCUUUUGAGCCCUACUUUGAGAUUUUGGAAGUAUAUUGCACAAAGGCCAAGAAUUAUGUAAAUGGACAUUGCACCAAGUAUGAGCCCUGGCAGCUCAUUGCCUGGAGUGUCCUGUGCACCCUGCUGAUAGUCUGGGCAUAUGAUUUUGUCUUCCAGCCAGAGAGCUUAUGGUCAAGGUUUAAAAAGAGAUGUUUUAAGCUCAUCAGGAAGAUGCCUAUUAUUGGUCGCAAGAUCCAAGAGAAGGUGAACAAGACCAAGGAUGAUAUAAGCAAGAACAUGUCGUUCCUGAAAGUGGACAAAGACUAUGUGAAAGCUUUGCCCUCUCAAGGCCUGAGCGCGUCGGCAGUUCUGGAGAAGCUCAAGGACUACAGCUCUAUGGGUAGGAUUCCGGACGUCUUCUGGCAGGAGGGGAAAGCCUCUGGAGCAGUGUACAGCGGGGCGGAAGAGCUCACCCAGCUCCUGGUGAAGGCUUAUGGAGAUUUUGCAUGGAGUAACCCACUGCAUCCAGACAUCUUCCCGGGACUGCGAAAGAUCGAGGCGGAGAUUGUGAGGAUAGCUUGUUCCCUGUUCAGUGGGGGGCCAGAUUCCUGUGGAUGUGUGACCUCGGGGGGAACAGAAAGCAUACUGAUGGCCUGCAAGGCUUACCGGGACCUGGCCUUUGAGAAUGGGAUCAAAACUCCAGAAAUUGUGGCCCCCCAAAGUGCCCAUGCUGCAUUUGACAAAGCAGCCAAUUAUUUUGGGAUGAAGAUUAUACGGGUUCCGCUGAACAAAAUGAUGGAGGUGGAUGUUCGGGCAAUGAGGAGAGCCAUCUCCAGGAACACGGCCAUGCUCGUCUGUUCUACCCCCCAGUUUCCUCAUGGUGUCAUCGAUCCUGUCCCUGAAGUGGCCAAGCUGGCUGUCAAGUACAAAAUACCUCUUCAUGUAGAUGCUUGUCUGGGGGGCUUCCUCAUCGUCUUUAUGGAGAAAGCAGGAUACCCACUGGAGCAACCAUUUGAUUUCCGGGUGAAAGGUGUGACCAGCAUUUCAGCUGAUACCCACAAGUACGGCUACGCCCCCAAAGGCUCCUCCGUGCUGCUCUACAGUGAGAAGAAGUACAGGAGCCAUCAGUUCUUCGUGGCGACAGACUGGCAGGGCGGCAUCUACGCCUCCCCGACCAUCGCGGGCUCCCGGCCCGGAGGCAUCAGCGCGGCCUGUUGGGCUGCCCUGAUGCACUUUGGUGAGAGCGGCUAUGUUGAGGCCACGAAACAGAUCAUCAAAACCACUCGCUUCCUCAAGUCAGAACUGGAAAAUAUCAAAGGCAUCUUUGUUUUUGGGAAUCCCCAGUUGUCAGUCAUUGCUCUGGGCUCCCGAGAUUUUGACAUCUACCGACUGUUUAACCUGAUGACUGCCAAGGGCUGGAACCUGAACCAGCUGCAGUUCCCACCCAGUAUUCAUUUCUGCAUCACGCUAGUACACACCCGGAAGCGAAUAGCCGUGCAGUUCCUGAAGGACAUCCGGGAGUCUGUCACUCAAAUCAUGAAGAAUCCUAAAGCAAAGACCACAGGAAUGGGUGCGAUCUACGGCAUGGCCCAGACGACCGUCGACAGGAACCUGGUCGCAGAAUUGUCCUCAGUCUUCUUGGACAGCCUUUUCAGCACUGACACUGUAACUCAGAGCAGCCAGAUGAAUGGUUCUCCAAAACCCCGCUGAGCCUGGACCCUCUGUGGCCCCGAGGGGCUCCUGGCCUUCAGAGGGUUCUCGGGGAGUGGAACAGGCCACGCACAGUUUCAGCAUCUGGUCUUGCUCCAUGGAGCACGACGAGACAGACCAUGAGACGGCUUGAUCCUCAGGAUUCUUGUUCCUCCUCUUGUCAUCCUUCUGUGGUCUUUAAUGUGGAGACCCUGAAGGAGUUCAUUACCUAAUUAUUUUGCCCUUGUUCUCAAAUGUUACCCUAGGGAUUGUUUUAGCCAUUUCCUUCUCUAACCUUCUAGCUUUCAACUUCACUUAAUCAUUGUGUGGCAGCUCUGACCGGUCCCGAGUCCUUACGGAGCCUGGGGGUGAUUUCUCUGAUAAAGAAGGUUUUCUUCGUUCUCUCAGGCAGAUUGGCAAGGCAGAUCGGAAGAUGUUUCCCCGGGUGGGAGUUAGGUACCCUCUAAGCACGACGCCUUCUCAGCCUCCUCUUUGAGUAGGUGAGUUGUCUCGCAGAGUCACAUAGUGCAGCUCAGUUUCUUUUUCCAGGAGACAGAUGGACAGGCCGUUGUUCCUCUUUUUCGGGAUUAGAAUGGCUGAGCGUAUCUGCUCAGUCUAUCAAGGCAGGCUUUGGAGUGGCCCUCUGCUGUCCCCACUUGAUACUUGGUGGCCACCAUCUUUGGAGAUUUGUGUUUGAACUCGUGCUCCCAUUGGUUUGUUGCUGUUCCCCUGGAUUAGGAAGAGAACGUGGUUUCCAGAGAGCCUAGGCCUUUCUGGCCCUGGUGCUUCCUGUCUGCAUCGGCAGCAUUGGGAGCACAGCCGAACCCUCUUCCUGGGCUGCUGAGGAUCGGAAACCAGAGCCUUUUCUCAAGUUCUCUGAGGGUCGCAUUGGAAUACAUGUCCCCAGAGUUGGUGGUGGUCCUCCUCUCACCCACUGCUGUAAGCCAUCUCGUCUGAGAAUAUGUUUGCUUGAAGGAACAGCUCAGAGCACCUUCACAAGUUGCCUUGACUUACCCUAGGUGGGUGCAUGGAGCACGUGAGAGAGCCUCCAAGGCAAGGAAACUUCUCCCCGUUCGUGUGUCCCUCCUGCCUCUUUCCGUCUGUUCAGCUCCCAAAGGUACUAUGGCAAUUUAGCCUCAGGUACUGGAUACUUCUCAGGCCCGGCUAACUUUGGACUAGGAAAGCAUGAUGGCAACUGUUGGGGCCUGGGGCCUGGGAUUCCUUCCUAAGACUAGUUGCUCAGGGUGGUGCAGGGACAGGACCAAACCCUGUGCCCACUCCCCACCCUCCUCACCCUUGCACAGGGCCCUGAUCUAGGUGGAGCCACUGUCUUCCUCUGAAGACGACAUACCGUGCCUUUUUUCCUCAGCAGAGAGCGGUGGAGGGCUACUCCUGACCCAGGCCCUCGGGGAAGUGGGUCAGUCUUUGAGCUUUUAUUUGGGUGGGGGAGGACUUUAGGAGAAGUCAGGAGAAAAUAGCCUCUGUUCCAAUCCCCUUCUCAGGGACUCCUGAACCAUUCAGCCUCUUCAGGCUGCUGUCCUCUGGCCUCCCUCACUGGGAAUGACGGCCGGGAGAGCCAGGACCACCAGACUCUCCCCCGGGCUCCGUGGCACGUUUGUCUGAAGUGGCCUCUGGCACUGUACUUCCUCCACGAUAACUGUGACGAGCUGGCCGUGUCAUCGCAGGGCUGGAGUGUGUGUGUGUGUGUGUGUGUGUGUGCACGUGCACGCGAGCAUGUUAGAGGGAGACGCUAAGAUCCUUUGGACACGGGAGCCGAGUUCCUUCCCGUCGCUGAACUGGGGGCACCUCCCGAGAGAGUUGCUGCGGCCAGAGCUGUGCGCCGGGGCUCCUGGGUCUCCGGCGCGUUCGUGGUGCUGGAGGAAGACCCGGGACCCGAACCACCCCGCCGGCACCACUGUGGUUUGUCAGCUGCGAAAAUGGAGAAGCCUGUGCCUGACAGAGCAUGCUGUUGCUCCCAGCGUCUGCGGGCCCUUCCUCUGCUGCCCCAGGGGCAGUGGUGUUUUUCAAAGGGACCUCCUGUAGCCACUUCAUAGCACGAGCCUUAGUUUGCCUGACACUUGUGGGCUUUCCAGUCUAUGCGCCUAGGAACACCUAGUCUGGCAGAGGCGGGCACAGUGUCUUCAGGUGUCAUGUUGCUAGCGGAUGUCACAUGGGCCUCUGCAGAAACUGUAGCUUCUGGUUUCUACACGGAGUAAGCAGCCGCGUGACCCUCCUGCCAUGUCACUUUUAAUAUUACCGGUUUUAUACUUGGAAAAUGGUACUUGCCUCUUUUAAAUCUUUUCUGUAUUUAACCUCUUUCUUCCCAGCUCAGUGCUCCCUUCCUAAUUGCAGCAAUAAUAUCUUAAAAAGCAACUCAGUAAUUAAAUGACCGAAAUCUUAACCGACGUGGCUGGUUGCAUUCAUUUGCUUCUGUAGGGGUAGCCCGAGAUCCCGGGUGGGGUGGUGGCCGCUGGAGAACUGGCGGCCGGUGGGAGAUCGCCCCCUUGUGGUGAAAGGGUUGUGUGUGGUCACGGAGAUUCAGGGCGCUAGCUGUCUGUGGGCGAGAGCACCUCCACGGGAGGUUUCCCCAGGAGUGCUGGUCAUGUCUGCUUUAAGGAGGCUGGAACUCAGGUCUUUAGUUCCCCAGGGCCCGGGCCCAGCUUGUGUUUUCUGUCCUCUUCACCAUCUAUUUCUGCCUAUACGUUAAUGAUGGAUUGAGCCCUCCACGGUGGGCUCCAGCCAGCUGGGCACUGGCUUCAGUGGUUUGGGAGUGGAUGGAACCCCUUAGAAUAGCUCUGCACAUAUAACCGCUGGGCAUCUUAUUCCAUUACAAGUAAGAAGUGAGAAGUCCUUCCAGAGGGCCUGGAGCCUGUCACUCAGGUAACCCAGCUUUUCAACCCGUUUGGACUUUGCCGGAAUCAAGCCAAGGAAUGCCGUCUUUGCUGCUUUUCUGCUAAAUGACUUGGUUUCCUGAGCACCUACUUGCUUUGGGGUUAACCCUAGAGGAUGAGGCCAGGAUAUGCUUGGUUAGGAGGCCUGGCCCCCUCCAUCCAAGAAUUGGUGUUUGGAUGCUUGCACCUGCUGCGUAACCACGGUGAACCCCUUUGCCUUCUCUGAGGGUUCUUGGUAGCAGCGAGCCACCUGCAGCCAGACGCGGCAGUGGAGAGGUAGUGACAGGCCUGACUGGACAGCCACCAACUACAGCCUGGGUCAGCAGAAGUCAGCGUUUGCGAGCCUUUUCUCAAGUUGGAGUCCUAAUUGCCAUCCUUUUUCUUGGGCUUUCUUUUUCAUAAUCUGUCCUUAACAUCUUCCCCUGUGACGUCAGUUAUUUGCACAAAUUGUAGAAUAAACA